AUGAAACAUAGCUUAGUUCUUCUUUCUUUUUUUGUACUCUUUCAUACUUGCAUUUGCUUCCAUGAAGUUCCUCAUAUGCUCAUCCUUGGUAUAGCUAAGAGAGAAUUGAUGAAAAAUGAUUAAGAAAUUUACAAAAUUACUGCUAAAUACUUAGACACUUUUUCUGCCUCUGGAAUAGAAACUAUUUCUACUACUUCUUACGAAGAAAAUGCUGUUUGGGGUGAUGAUAUUAAAACUUAUGGUGACGCUUAAAAAGCUAUGGGUAUGUGGCAUUUCAUAGGAAACAAAGAUAGCAAUCCUGAAAAUUUAACUUUAGUAAAAGAUCCUAUGGCUGACUCUGAAAAUGCCUUGAAUGCCUAUGACAAUAUAGUUAAGACAUUCAAAAACAAGAGUUUCAUAGGUAAGAUAACAGAAUUUAAAAUUAUGAUGUUAAAAAUGCUUGUUCAUCUUGUUGGAGAUAUCCAUAUGCCUCACCACACUGGUAGUUAUUAUAAUAGCACAAUUGUAGGUCCUAAUAAAGAAAUUUGGGGUGACAGAGGUGGUAACAGAUAAAAAAUUAAGUUCUAUACAAGCACUGGUAAAAAAGAAUCUACUGAUAUUCACUUCUAUUUUGAUUCUUCUUGCUUUUACUAUAAUUGGAAAAGCAGACUUCAAAGACCUUUAAAUGAUACAUUCAAAGCUUAUUUCGAAGCAGAACUUGAUAGAAUAAUGACUCAAUAUCCCAAAGAAACUCUUAAUAUCAAUAACGCAUAAACAUUCAAUGACUGGGCUGAAGAAAGUUGGAACAUAGCUUUAACUGAAGUAUAUCCUUUCUUAUUGAAAAACAAUGAAAUUCGUUUUGGAGAUGCAUUUUAUAAUAGCAGCUUCGAUAUGAUUUAAAAGAGAAUAGUUAUUGCUGGAUAUAGACUUGCUUAUACCUUAUAAAAUAUGUUCGCAGCAGAAAAAGGAAAGAUAGAUUUAAGUACUCCUCUUACAUAUGAAAUUUCUUAAAAAAAUCCAUUAGACAACGGAGAUAAAUCUAAAGAUAAAGAUACAACAGUAACUGACAACAAAGAUAAACCUAUUGAUAAUAAUAAAGAUAAAUCUACUACUGAUAACAAAGACUAGCUUCCGAAUAAUAAUAAAGAUAAUACUCCUGUAAUUAAUAAUAAUAAUAAAGAUACAACUACAACACCUGAUAAAGAAAAGUUAGUUGAUAAUAAUCAAGAUAAAAAUACAGAUUCCUAUAGUAAUAAAUUUACUGAAGAUUUAUCAAAUAAAGCUAUUGCUGUUGUUUUUGGUGUUUUAUUCGGUUUGACAUUUUUUACUUUAGUUGCCUUAAUGAUUUACUUCCAUAAAACAGUUACAAGUUUAAAGUCUCAUCAUAGAGUUUCCACAGAUUUUUAAGAAGCUAAGACUUUAAAUAUGUAAAGAAUUCCAAGCACUGAGUAAAAUGAAAAUAAACUUUGA